AUGCGACCAACCCUCGGCUUGUUCAAAAGAGGAGGACGCUCUGCGUGGAAAGGACCUUAUUUCGUCGCCUUUCCCAACCUAAGGGAAGCUCAAACCUCUAAUGUCGCCAUAAAAACUCAAGCCAGGUCAUGUACCAUCCUGCCAAAUUUCGUUGGAAUUCGGUUUCUGGUUCAUAACGGGAAGAAUUACCUCCCGGUCAUGGUUACGGAGGAGAUGGUGGGGCAUAAGCUGGGGGAAUUUGCACACACUAGGAAAGCGUUCUCUGGGUCUGGAAAGUGA